CAACUUCCCUUUUUAUUAGCCGAGUCCAUUGCUGUUCCCUUCUUCUCUCUCCCUUUCUGUUUCUCUUCAUAUAUGGCCAAAGGAAGUGGACUCUCCUUUGAUCCAGAUCCCAUCAAACACUUCCUUCCUAUUCCUACUGUCCUCAAUUCUUUUCUUGAACCCCACAACCAACAACAACAACAACACUUUUAUCCCCAUAACAAAUUUUUAUUUUCAUCAAUGGAAUCACCAUUCAAGAACAGGUCACCGCCACCUUCUACUAUUCAAUUCCCAGUGAACCUUAACUGCUCCACUACUCAUCAUGAUCAAGAAGAAGAACAAAACAGACCACACAUUGAUGUAAUGGACUUCUUUGCUGAUAAGAAAAAUGGUACUAAUUCUGAGGAGACAACAACAGCCAAUGACACUGAUAAAAAAGAAUCAAACACCCCUCCUCCUGAAUUGGAUUUUAACAUAAAUACUGCUUUGCAUCUUCUUACAGCUAACACUUAUAGUGAUCAGUCCAUAGUGGAAGAUGGUUUAUCCCCUAAUUCUGAAGAUAAAAGAACCAAGAGUGAGUUGGUAGUUCUUCAGGCUGAAUUGGAAAGAAUGAACGGUGAAAAUCGACGUUUAAGAGAUAUGUUAAAUCAGGUGAAAAGCAAUUACACUACCCUGCAGAUGCAUAUGAUGACAAUGAUGCACCAACAACAAAAUCAAGAAAAUGGUCAACGUGAUGGGAAAAGUGAAGAAGUGAAACAGCCACACCACAGCCAAAAUGGUCAUGGAGGAGGAGGAGGGCGAAUAGUGCCUAGGCAAUUUAUGGAUCUUGGCUUAGCUGCUGCUGCUGCUGCUGGUACUGGUACUGGUUCGGAGGCUGAAGAGGCUUCCCUGUCUUCAUCAGAGGGACGAAGUGGCAGGGAAAAAUCGCGAUCACCAGCGAAUAACAUGGAAUCAGGUUCCACAUGUGGGAUUGGAAGAGAAGAUAGUCCUGAAAAAGGGUCACCUGGUUGGGGUCCUAAUAAAAUUCCAAGACUUGGCAAUGGCUCUGCUAAUAAAUCUGCUGAUCAAGCUACUGAGGCUACCAUGAGAAAGGCUCGUGUCUCGGUCAGGGCUCGAUCAGAGGCUCCCAUGAUCACAGAUGGUUGCCAAUGGCGAAAGUAUGGGCAGAAAAUGGCGAAGGGAAACCCGUGCCCUCGGGCUUAUUACCGGUGCACCAUGGCAGCUGGUUGUCCAGUUCGGAAGCAAGUUCAAAGAUGUGCAGAGGACAGAACAAUCUUGAUCACAACCUAUGAAGGUACUCACAACCAUCUGUUGCCUCCGGCAGCCAUGGCGAUGGCCUCAACAACUUCCUCAGCAGCGAGGAUGUUGCUCUCAGGUUCUAUGCCAAGUGCAGAUGGGCUAAUGAAUUCCAAUUUCUUCGCGAGAACUCUCCUCCCUUGCUCUUCCAGCAUGGCCACAAUUUCAGCCUCGGCCCCAUUCCCUACUGUUACAUUGGACCUAACUCAAUCACCGAACCCGUUGCAAUUCCCAAGAUCCCCUAACCAAUUCCAAGUCCCAUUCUCAAAUCAACCUCACAAUAACAUCCUAGCAAAUCCAGCUGCACUUUUACCUCAGAUAUUUGGACAGGCUUUGUAUAACCAAUCCAAAUUCUCUGGCCUCCAAUUGUCUCAAGAUUCGGAAGGACAACAGCACCCUUCAACGAUGCCAUCAUCGAUUCAUCCAUCCAACCACAACCCUCUAGCUGACACGGUGAACGCCCUUACCAAUGAUCCUAAUUUCACCGCAGCAUUAGCAGCAGCCAUCACCUCCCUUAUUGGCAAUCCCGGGCAAUCAAAUAAUGGUACCAACAAUACUAUUGCCACCACCACAAUGACCGCCAACAACAAUAAUAGUAGUGUCACCAGCAAUGGCAAUAACAGCAGCAAUGGCAACAAUAAAGUGGCGAAUUCAAGUUUUCCAGCAAAUUGAUUGAUAGCUAGUCAAUUAAGCUGCUGCGCCCAUGUUUCCUUUCAAGAAAGAUUUUUUCUUUCUUCAAUUAAUUUUUUGCUUAUUUAGUAAUCAGGAAAACUAGAUUACUAUACAAGUUGAUAAGAUUUUUUUGUGUUUUAUAGGUGGCUUAAAACAUAUAUCUUCCAUUCUUUUUGUGGCUGAAUAAUGUAAUUCAAGAUGUCUUAUCAAUACAAAGAUUAAAUGUUGGCAA